AUGGCCGCUCCAGUGAAUCGCCUGCCCCACCGAGGACUGGUCCUGCUGUGCCUCUUCCUGGGGAGGCUGUGGGAGAGCGGGGCUCGCCAGAUCCGCUACUCGGUACCUGAAGAGACAGAAAAAGGCUAUAUCGUGGGGAAUAUCUCCAAGGAUCUGGGGCUGGAGCCCCGCGAGCUGGCGGGGCGCGGAGUCCGCAUCGUCUCCAGAGGUAGGACGCAGCUCUUUGCGCUGAACGCGCGAAGCGGCAGCCUGGUCACCGCGGGCCGCAUAGACCGGGAGGAGCUCUGCGCGCAGAGCGCGCCGUGCCUGGUGAACUUUAAAGUCCUGGUUGAAGACAGAGUGCAGCUUUACGGAGUCGAAAUAGAAGUGACUGAUGUCAAUGAUAAUAACCCGAAAUUCCAGGUGGAAAGUCUAGAGGUAAAAAUCAACGAAAUCGCUGCGCCUGGAACUCGCUAUCCGCUCCCAGAGGCUGUCGACCCGGAUGUGGGCGCGAACGCCCUGCAGAGCUACCAGCUCAGCCCCAGUCCCCACUUCUCGCUGGACGUGCAGACCGGAGACGACGGAACUGUAAGGCCAGAGCUGGUGCUGCAGCGCGCCCUGGACCGCGAGGAGGAGGCUGCUCACCACCUGGUCCUCAUGGCCUCGGACGGCGGCGACCCGCGUCGCUCCAGCACAGUGCACGUCCGAGUGACGGUGCUGGAUACCAACGACAAUGCCCCGGUGUUUGCUCAGCCAGUCUACCGGGUGAAAGUCCCCGAGAACGUGCCCCCAGGCACCCUGCUGCUUACUGUGAGCGCUAGCGACCCAGAUGAGGGCACCAAUGGAGACGUGGCCUAUAGAUUCUGGAAAAUCAGUGAAAAACAGUCUCCGUUAUUCCAUCUUAAUGAACAGACUGGAGAAAUAUCAGCAGCAAAGAGUCUGGAUUAUGAGGAAUGUGCAUUUUAUGACAUGGAGAUACAGGCUGAAGAUGGUGGGGGAUUGAAGGAUCGGGCCAAAGUCCUCAUUUCAGUGGAAGAUGUCAACGACAAUAGGCCUGAAGUGACUGUUACCUCUCUGUUUAGCCCAGUGAGGGAAGAUGCUCCUCAAGGAACUGUGAUUGUUCUUUUCAAUGCUCAUGACCAAGACUCUGGGAAGAACGGUCAAGUUGUCUGUUCCAUCCAGGACGCUCUACCGUUUAGGUUAGAAAAGUCAACUGAAGAUUAUUAUAGAUUAUUGACAACCGGAAAUCUUGACCGGGAAAAAAACUUUGAAUAUAACAUCACCGUGACGGCGACAGACAGAGGAACACCGCCCCUGUCCACAGAAAUUCACAUCACCCUAAACGUGGUCGACAUCAAUGACAACCCACCUUCCUUUCCUCAAACCUCUUACUCAGUCUACCUCCCUGAGAAUAACCUUAGGGGCAUGUCCAUCUUUUCUGUGUCAGCCCACGACCCCGAUAGCGAUGAGAACGCCCGGGUUGUUUAUUCCGUUGCUGAGGACACCAUCCAAGGCGCGCCCCUCUCCUCCUAUGUCUCCAUCAACUCUGACACUGGGGUCCUAUAUGCUUUGCGCUCCUUCGACUAUGAACAGUUUCGAGACCUGCAUUUGAGAGUGAUUGCAAGUGACAGUGGGGACCCACCCCUCAGCAGCAAUGUGUCUCUGAGCCUCUUCGUGCUGGACCAGAAUGACAACGCACCUGAAAUCUUAUACCCUGCCCUCCCCACCGACGGUUCUACCGGUGUAGAGCUGGCACCCCGCUCUGCAGAGCCCGGCUACCUGGUGACCAAGGUGGUGGCGGUGGACAGAGACUCAGGCCAGAACGCCUGGCUGUCCUACCGCCUGCUCAAGGCCAGCGAGCCCGGGCUCUUCGCGGUGGGGCUGCACACGGGCGAGGUGCGCACAGCGCGGGCCCUGCUGGACAGAGACGCCCUCAAGCAGAGCCUGGUGGUGGCGGUCCAGGACCACGUGGCAGACAGCAUCCCCGAAGUCCUGGCUGACCUGGAUAGCCUUGAAUCUCCUGCCAGCCCCGAUGACUCAGGCCUCACACUGUACUUGGUGGUGGCGGUGGCGCCGGUCUCCUGUGUCUUCCUGGCCUUUGUCAUCAUGCUGCUGGCGCUCAGGCUGAGGCGCUGGCAGCUGUCGCGUGUGCUGCAGGCGUCAGGAGGCGGACUGGGUGGCGUGCCCGCGUCCCACUUCGUGGGCGUGGACGGGGUGCGGGCUUUCCUGCAGACCUAUUCGCACGAGGUGUCGCUCACCGCGGACUCGAGGGGGAGCCACGUGAUCUUCCCGCAGCCCAACUAUGCGGACACGCUCAUCAGCCAGGAGAGCUCCACCCACACAGAGAGAAGGAAGCCCGCUCACACACCCAGGCUCCUGGCCGCGCAGGCUCUGCUCAGCACAGACGCCUUCCCAAUCCGCCUGUCCUGGGCCAAAUGCCCCUUCCGUGACGCCGUGGAUUGCAGUUUCUUUGCCUCUCCAGAAAGACCGGGCUCCAGCGAGACCUAG